AUGGCGGGGCGGCGUCGGCUGCUCUCGUUCUUGUUCCUGCUCCCGCUGCUCUUCCCGGUGCUGGUCCCGCUCCCGGUCUCGCUCCUGCCGCCUCCGCCAGCGAACGCCUCCCUGCCUGGUUGCUCCUCGGGCCAGUUCCAGUGCAAGCCUGGCACCCUCUGCUUUCUGAAUGAGUGGCGCUGCGAUGGGCACCCGGACUGCGAGGACGGGGAGGACGAGCGGGACUGCAGUGGGCGCCCGGACUGCGAGGACGGUGAGGACGAGUGGGGAUGCGAGACGGCGACCCCGGCGGAGCCGAGUCCUGAUGACGCCUGGGUGACCCCGCCGCGGAGCUCGGCGGUGCUGCCCACUGACAGCGCAGAGACUUCAGGUACAGCUGUGCUUGAGGGCUCUGUGCCAUCAGGGACUCAAGGCCACUUUUGGAUCUUGAUUGUUGCAGUGCUCCUGAGUGUCCUGGUAGCUGUGGGUUCUAUUGCUGUUUGGGGUCUGUCCAAAGCAAAAAGCAGAUCUGACAUCUUCAGUCUUGAAAAACCAUCCAGGGAACAGCUGAUGCCUGACAAGAGCCAGACAGGGGAGGGCUUCGGGGUCAGAUCAAGGCAAGUCCCUGCUGCCUCUCCACUUGCCAUUGUGGAUGCCGUCCUUGGGAGCCGGGUGCCACAUGGCACCAUAGCACAGCCAGUGCCCCCUGGGCAGCAGCUCACCGCUGCUCCUCUGAGCCCGCAGCACUUCUCCCAUCGGUGUGCAGCCGGUGGGAACACUCCCAUGGAGCCGGAGCUGCCCUCCUCCAGCCCAUAG